GAGGAUUAAACCAAAAACAUUGGGCCAAGAAGUUUCCUUUAUGCAGCAGUGCAAAGCAGUCUCCCAUCAACAUCAAUGAGGACCUGGCUCCAGUCAAGCUGCAGUACCAGAAGCUAAGGUUUGAUGGUUGGGAGAGUAUGACAACUGACAGCACAACAAUCAAGAAUGAUGGCAAGACGGUGGCAGUCAAUGUGGAUGGAGACUUCUACGUCAGUGGAGGAGGUCUCAGGUCAAUGUUCAAAGUUGGGCGCAUCACCUUCCACUGGGGGCGCUGCAAUGCCUCCUCAGAGGGUUCGGAGCAUAGUCUGAACGGAGUCAAAUAUCCUUUAGAGAUGCAGAUCUACUGCUAUGAGGCUCAUCAGUUUGACUCUUUAGAUGAAACAAUCCAGUCCAGUGGCAGAAUCACAGCACUAGCUGUUUUGUUUGAGACAAGCACUGAAGACAAUAUGAACUACGCUCCCAUCAUCAGUGGUAUCAACAGUGUGAGCAGAUAUGGAAAGAGUGCAGCAGUGUCACCGUUUACUCUGCAAGGUCUCCUGCCAAACUCCACAGAGAAGUACUUCAUCUACAAUGGAUCUUUGACCACACCGACCUGCGACGAGACUGUCGAGUGGAUCGUCUUUAAGAACAAGGUGGCCAUAUCUGAUGAGCAGCUGGAGAUGUUCUGUGAGGUGAUGACGAUGCAGCAGGCUGGAUACGUUAUGCUGAUGGACUACCUGCAGAACAACUUCAGGGAUCAGCAGGAGCAGUUCGUGGGACAGGUGUUCUCCUCCUACACAGGCAUUGAGGAGGUGCAAAUUCCAGUGUGCAGUUCAGAGCCUGAGAGCAUCCAGGCAGCUCCCCAGAACCUCAGCAGCCUGCUGGUGAUAUGGGAGCGGCCACGGGCGGUGUAUGACGCCAACAUUGAGAAGUACUCCAUCGCCUACCAACUGGCCAAGGCAGAGGACUCUGUCCUGUCUGAAUACCUGACCGAUGGAUAUCAGGAUACUGGGGCAAUACUAGAUGACUUAUUGCCCAAUUCUACCUACGAGAUACGAGUGGUGGCCAUCUGCACCAAUGGUCUGCGUGGACGCGUGAGUGACUUGCUGACAGUUGUCAUGCCCUUCGAUGACCUUGAAAAUGCUCUGGAUCCAGGUUCAGAUGAAACUGAAUUUGAGGGCAACUAUGAACCUGACUUGUCCUGGAAUGAGGUGGACCAAAUCAGGAACAAUAAUUUAAACUGGGGUACUGCAGACUCACCAAGGACCACAACAUCAGCACCACCUUGGUUUCACUUGCCUGGCAUUGGAACUCCUACAGAAGAGUCCAGUGAGAGAAGAACCACUACUGAACCUGCUUCUGCUCUACUAUCCAGUCAGUCUGGUGAAGUUUUAAGACCCUCUGAGGAGACAGGACCCAUGAGUACUCCCUUACAACCACCAGCAGACACUAAGUUGCCAGAGAGCAGAGGGAGUGCAGGCACUGGUAGCAACACUCUUUUUUAUUUCACAACAGAAGAAGCCCCAAUUUCAACUUCUCCCUCUCCUCUUCUCACAUAUAUAAAGACAGAUGGUGUAAAUGUACAAGAACAUCAUGAAGACUUAUCCAAAAACGGAAAAGUUGUCCCAAGCACUGUUAACCCUAUAACCCCUGACACAAAGACAGACAGUUCAAAAGUUAUUUUUCAAUAUCCACCUACCAUAGAGUCAUCUCUCACCACAGAUAUGAGCAGUAACUCAUCGCCGUCCUUUAAGCAAGCCGAGACUGAUCAAGGUUUGGCACAAGCCAUAAGUGAAGACAGUACUACUGAUGAGAAUGUUUCUACUCAUACCAGAGGUUUUCCUGAGAUUCAGAUAUCACCCUCUACUUCCAAGACCUUUUCAUCCACAGAAGCUGAACACCAUAGUGCCACAAGUUCCACCAUGCCUCACUUUUCAUCCCCAUCUGUGGUGCUGAGUGGCAUUGUUGUUCAAUCCACGCAGCCACUAUCAAACGCCACAUUGUCUGUUGUUGCGGAUCCCAGUUUGUCAGCAUCAGAGAGAAGCACCACCUUCCAAACCUCUUCCCUCCCUUUCCUGCCCACCACUUUCCCACUUACCCCCACUACAGAGGAGCAGGUGUUAGACUUUAGCAGCAGCUCCUCUGGCUCAGCCUUCUUCCCUGACUCGCAGGAAGGAUCAGACCAGGAGUGGGAUAAAGGUCAAACCUCAGCUUCUGGAGUAAGCCCACUUCCUCAUUCAACCAAAGUCGUGAGCACUGUCCCUCCAUUCAUUUUGCUGGAAUCUGGUCAGAGCCCAGAUGAUGUGGAGGAACACUCUUCAGCUUUCUAUUUUGAAAGUGGCAGCGGCAGUGCCAUCAGUCCAGAAGUAAGAGGCAAAGUGGCCCCGACUGAUGCAGAGGUGACCUCGGGUUCACCCUGGUCUCUGGGAGGGACAGAGAUUAGCGGCUCAGGGCAAGGCGAAGGCCUUAAUGACAACGAGACAUCUUCUGACUUCACUAUUUCAGAACACACAGAGACAGAAUCUGAGGAAGAAGACCCAGUCUCAGAUGCCAGUAACAGCAGCCAUGAGUCCAGGGUCGGCUCCAUGAGUGAGAAGGAGAGGAAGGCUGUGGUUCCUCUGGUCAUCAUUUCCACCCUCACUCUGCUUGGCCUGGUUGUUCUCAUUGGCAUCUUCAUCUACUGGAGAAUGUGCUUCCAGACGGCUCACUUUUACAUCAACAACAUGUCGUCACCCCGAGUCAUCACACAGUCUGCUGCUGCAUCAACAUCUGGUGAGGACACCGCUUUUCUAGUGACGGACUUUGUCAAACACGUUGCUGAACUUCACAGCACUCAGGGCUUCACAGCAGAGUUUGAGACACUGAAAGAGAGUUAUGAGGAUGUGCAGGCUUGCACAGUGGACAUGUGGAUGACCUCAGACAGCUCCAACCAUCCUGACAAUAAGACCAAGAACAGAUACAACAACAUCUUGGCCUACGACCACAGCCGGGUUCAGCUUUCCCCACAAGCCAGCAAAGAUGGAAAAACCACCGAUUAUAUCAAUGCCAACUAUGUGGAUGGGUAUAAGAGGCUGCGGUCAUACAUUGCUGCUCAGGGUCCUCUGAGGUCCAGUACUGAAGACUUCUGGAGGAUGAUCUGGGAGCAGAAUGCCCACAUCAUUGUCAUGAUCACCAACCUGGUAGAAAACGGUCGGAGAAAAUGUGAUCAGUACUGGCCAGCAGAAGUGCAGGAGGAAUACGGGCCGUACCUGGUGACUGUAAAGAGUACCAAAGUUCAGGCUUACUACACACACAGGACAUUCAGUGUGAGGGAUACCAUCACUAAGAAGAGCUCAAAGAAGGGAUGGAGCAACGAGCGAACAGUGGAACAGUUCCAGUUCACCCAGUGGCCUGACAUGGGUGUCCCAGAGUUGUCUCUGCCGCUUCUCAGCUUCAUUCGCAAGUCAUCCAGAGCCAACACAGACAACAUGGGCCCAGUGGUGGUGCACUGCAGUGCUGGGGUUGGCCGGACGGGCACGUACAUUGUCCUGGACAGCAUGCUGAAACGGAUAACACACGAAGGAACCGUCGACAUUCCUGGCUUCUUGAAGCACAUCCGGACACAAAGAAACUUCCUGGUUCAGACUGAGGAACAGUAUAUUUUUAUCCAUGAUGCUUUGGUAGAGGCCAUCUUAUGUGGGAACACUGAAGUGCUGGCAGCCCACCUUCACAGUUAUGUGGAUGAGCUGCUGACUCCAGGACCAUCUGGGAGGACUCGCCUGGACAAACAGUUCAAGCUGGUGUGUCACAAUGAAGUGAACCAGAGUGAUUUCUCCAUCGCUCUGCAGGACAACAACUCCAGCAAGAACAGGGACUGCUCUGUGAUACCUGCUGAGAGGUCACGAGUGCGUCUGUCUACAACAGCUGGAGAGACGGCCGACUACAUCAAUGCCUCAUUCAUCACUGGCUAUAGACUAAACAGAGAGUUCAUCAUUACCCAGAAUCCCCUGCCUGGCACCAUAAAGGACUUUUGGAGAAUGAUAUGGGAUCACAAUACCCAGGUCAUCAUCUCACUGCCUGGGACUGCAGAGGAGGCGGAGCUCUGUGCCCUGUGUCCUGGCAAUGAUCAAUCCAUCAGCUUCAACAUGUUCACUGUGACCCAAAGGAGUGAGGCCCACAUCUGUCUGUCCAAUGAGGACAUGCUGGUGGUCCGGGAAUACACCCUGUCUGCUGCAAAGGAUGACUUUGUUCUUGAGGUGAAGCAUUUCCUCGCCCCCUGCUGGCCGAACCCUGACAGCCCCAUCAGCAACACCUUUGAGCUCAUCAGCCUGGUGAAUGAAGAGAGGGCGAGCAGAGACUGUCCCACCGUGGUCCAUGAUGAUGUGGGCGGAGUCACGGCAGGAACAUUCUGUGCUCUGUCGUCCCUAAAGCAGCAGCUGGAGGCUGAAGGUUCGGCUGAUGUGUUCCAAGCAGCCAGACUGACAAACCUUUUGAGACCAGGAGUCUUCAGUGAUGUUGAGCACUACCAGUUCCUGUACAAAGCCAUGCUGAGCAUCAUCGGAACACAGGAAGCAGAGAAAACCGUCCUGUUCUCUGACAAUGGAACCACCACUGACAGCCUUGAAUCUCUUGUGUAAAAAGUCCUGAUAGAAUAAGUUGUUCUUUAUGUUCUUCAAGCACCAAUAGAAUCUCUUGACAGAAUUUAUUCAGGCAGAUUCUUAACAGCUUUGCUGAAUUUGGACUCUUUCUGCUUUUAUAUUGUGUGCCUUUUGUUUUCCUUCUGUUGUAGUUCAAACUUUGUUACUUUUUAUACAUUAACUGUCCAAGGUUUUAAUGUACCAACCUGAAAAUUUGUACUAAACUCUUUCUAAACAUUGUAUUUAUUGGCACUGUGCCUAAAGAGGGAAGCUGCAACUUUUCACAUCAAAUGUUUUCCAUGGCUCUGCCACUGGAAUCUAUUCUGUGAAUACCACUGCAACAGUAGCUACAGUGCUAAACAAGAUGAGGAUGUGGAAUAAUAAAACGUUCGAAUGUAAAUAAUAUGGUAAUCACUUUGAUGGACCAAAUUUCUAUUUAUACUUCUAGAUUCUAUAUUUUUAGUGCAAAUAAAUGCUUUGAUUCUGUUUAGCUGAAGAUGAUUAAUAAUUUUAUACUCAGUUUUGUGACAAACUAAAUGUGUUGCAUGUGAUUACUGCCUACGUAGAUCUUUAGUUGGAUGUGAAACACUGCUGGAGUCUUACAUUGGGAAUUAAAGGGAUAAAGUGAAAGAA